UGUGUAAAUGUGUGUUGCAGGUGGACUGGGGGGGCAGUGUGUCUGCGCAGGUGCAGGUGCAGGUGCAGGUGCGUCUGGAGGUCAGUAAUCCGCAGGAGGGUGGUGAUCUGUCGCAGCUCUGCAUCCGUGACUCUGUGUCUGGGGUCACUCUGCUGCAGACUAACGGCAGCGUCCAGGAGAGAGGCUUCCAGACCUUCAGCGCCGACUCACUGCGCGCUGGCUCUCAGUAUGUGGUCUUGUACAGGAUGAGCGUGAAAGGAAACAGAGACUCUGAACUCUCAACAGAGAUUCUCAAUCUCCCAGCGUUUCUGACCUUCUCCAACGCCACUCAGAAUCACAGUGAUCCAGUGAUCGCCAAUUUCACUGUGAGGAUAAACACCACUGAACAGGCUGGUGUGGAUCGCUCUCUUCUCCUCGUGGGAUUCAUGGUCUCGUUUCUCCUGACGCUCCUGUUGGCGUCGUUGAACUUCCUGCGGCGCAGACGACUGCUCAGCUGCACUCCACACACGAGAAGCAGCAUGAAUGAAGAGUGUGACAUCACUGCGUCAGCCAAUGAGGAGGCAGCGUUUGAGGAUAAGUUUGUGGAUAUCGUGAUGUUGGAGGAGCCACAAAACAUGAUUCAAGUGCUUGACAGUCUGCAGGUGUCGUGUGUGUUGCGCGCGGCGGUGUGGGUGGAGCGAGUGCGGGUGCAGAUGUUUAAGGGGCUGCUGUCUGUGCUGCUGGCGGGAGUUCGGGCGGCGGGGCGUCUGAGUGACCCGGUGUUCUGGGGGUCAUUAAUGGGCAGAUCGUGGGCAUGGAAGGAAGAGUCCAGGAGGAGCACGUGGCGCGGAUGGCAGCGCUCGCCGCUCAGUGUAACCUGGAGACGCAGCAGGAGAUGGAAACACAGCAGCGCAAACACAUGAGCGAGACGUCACACGCAGAGCUACUGUUCCAGCACACGCCGCAGCCACAGGACGUGCUGGAGGUUCGUUCUCUACUGGAGAAGCUUCAUAAGGAAGAGCUGAAGUGUCUGCAGAAGCGGCUCCUGGUCAGGCAUGAACACGCAUCUGCGCAGGCACAGAGGCAGCAGGCGCUGCGGUGGCGCUUUGAGCUGCACAAGAUCUUCGGUGAGGAGCUGGAGGAGGCCGUCCGAACCGGAGAGCUGGAGAAAAGCACCGCCGACAAACUCCUGCUGCAGUACUACAGCCAUCAGGGUGCUCUGGAGGAGGUGCUUGAUGUCCUUCUGGCCAAUCAGAGAGCACUGCUGGCCGAGCAACAUGCGCAGCGCUGCUUCCUGCUGCAGAGUUUCCAGAGUCUUCAGGCCGUGACGAGUGAGGUAUUCAGCAGCAGCGCACGACGCAUCAGAGACGCACAAGCUCACGGGGAGUGUGGUUUCUCCCAACAGUGUUCUGAUGUUCAUUUGGAGAUUCUGCGGGUCAAACAGAAUUUAGAAGAAAGCGUGAGUCGUGAGCGCAGCGCCAUCCGCUGUGCCAUCAUCAAGAAGAGACGGCAGCUGCUGUCUGAGAAGGUGUGUGAACACUGGCAUCAGCUGCAGGCUGUGAGCGCUUCCUCUGACGUCACGGUGGAUCAGUACCUGCAGAAAUGGACAGAAAUACUGAUGUACCAGAGCAAUGAACUAUCAGAACUCAUCAAUCACCUGGAUGAAGAGACGGCAGGCAGGACACGCAAGAUGAGUCUGUGUUUGCUGCAGAGUUCACUAGCGGAGCUGAAGGCGCAUGCGUCUGCGUGGUGUCCAGGAUCUGCGCAGCUGCUGCCGCAGACGGAGGAGAUUCAGGAGCGUCUGCAGCGUCUGGGGAAAGCAGCGGCCCGCGAGCUGCGAUCCGCUCAGAGCUGCAUCCGACAGCAGCAGCAGCAGGAGCUUCAGGAGCAGUGGAGCAUCAGAGAUGCCUUCAGAGAAUACUGCAGCUGUGUGUGUGCGUGUCUGCGCUCUCUCUCGUAUGAGCAGCGUCUGCGUCUGCAGCUGGAGUGUGUGAAGGCUGCGUGUCGUCUGGAUCGCUGUCUCGCUCUUCCACACGCCGUCUGUGAGCUCAAACGGCACGACGCUGACCCCAGUGACCCCGCUGUGACCCCUGCAGACGAGGAGACGGAGAGGUCAGAGGUCACAGAGCUGCAGUGUUUCCAGAGGUGUCUACAGGAGCGACUGCAGAAGAGCGACACACAGAGAGACGCGCCGCAGCGGGUGAGAGCCCACAAUCACACCGAUCACAUGACCAGCACACACUCAGAGCAAGAGUGAAACACCUAUGUGUGUGUGUAUGUGUCUCUCUCUCUCUGUCUGUGUGUGUCUCUCUCUGUGUGUGUG